UUGUCGCCAUUAAUUAUUAAUCAACACACUUUCGAGCGGAGUAUCUGUAAUCCCCAACCAAUAAUAUUGCUGUCCCCGACCCACAAGACGAUACACAUGCCUUAAUAGUUAUUUACCCUCCAUACCGACGAUGGCUGAUGCAACCUUCGACGCCCCCCGUACGUUACGGCCCCCCGGAAGGAUUGUGUUCCAAGACUCCGACACUGUCCGCAAGCUGGGACCGGCAUGGAGGCUGCAGCGAGAAGUGGAAGCGAUGGACUUCGUUCGGCGCCACACGUCGCUGCCUGUCCCGGCCGUCCUGGAAAUUCACCUCGAGCCGAGCGGUGACAACGAGCAUGGCUGGUUUGUCAUGGAGCGGCUUCCGGGCUCUGAGUUGGGCGUUGCCUGGCCGAACAUGAGCGAAGGUGCCCGCGGCGAGACGAUUCGGCAGCUCCGUUCAUACUUCGAGCAGCUACAUAAUCUUCGCCCGGAUGGUGCUGGGUGGAUUGGGUCUUGCUCUGGAGGGCCGGCUUACGAUCACCGACUGGAUAACCGCUCUACCUGCGGACCAUUCUCCACAGUUGGCGACUUCCACGACCUCCUCGUGGCUCCUCUGAAGGAGUGCCCUCGGCCGGAAUGGGUGGAAAAGUAUCGACCCCGGUUGCCGGACAACCACGAAAUUCGAUUUGCUCAUGCCGACUUGUCAUGGGAGAACAUCCUCCUUGACCCCGAUACGGGCCAUGUCACCGGCAUUCUCGACUGGGAGAUGGCGGGAUUCUGGCCGGCUUGGUGGGAGUACAGAAAGGCGUUGUUUGGCGCGCGGUGUCAGCCGUGGUGGACCCAGGUUCUGAGAGAGAUCAUGACGGGAUACCCUGAAGAAACAGAGGUGGAUAUGGAUCUGGAAAUGUUCUAGCAAACCCGAGCAAGAGAUGGGGACUGGUCGGUUCUCACUUCUCCAGCCUAUGCCUUGAGCGUCCCUCUGAAGAAGGUACGGCCGGUAUACUGGAUGAGGG